GGUUUUUAUCAACUGUCAGGUGACUCGCACUCAGCCAUCUUGUGGAAAACGAAGAGAGAGAGAGAGCCACACAACUCGCAUACAAACCUUGUGCUGUCAGAACAAGCCGAGAACUUCAAGGAAGAAUGGCCGAAACCCAGACACUUAACUUUGGACCAGAAUGGCUCCGUGCCUUGUCUGGAGGUGGUGGAGUAGUGGGUGGCUGUGGGGUUGCCUCUCCACCCCUCUCACCUGCAUUGCCAAAGUAUAAACUUGCAGACUAUCGCUACGGGAGAGAAGAGAUGCUAGCACUUUAUGUAAAGGACAACAAGAUCCCCGUAGACCUACACGAUAAGGAGUUCCUGCCCAUAUUGCAAGAGGAGCCCUUGCCACCUUUGGCACUCGUGUCUUUUACAGAGGAGGAACAGAGAAAUUUUUCCAUGUCUGUAAACAGUGCAGCUGUACUUCGGCUGACAGGGCGAGGAGUCGGUCCGAUAGUAGGGGCACCGAGAGGCCGAAGUACCUCAAGGGGUAGAGGCCGGGGAAGAGGAGAAGGAGGUUUUUACCAAAGAAGUUUCGAUGAUGUGGAAGGUUUUGGUCGUGGAGUGAGGGAGAUGCAUCGUUCCCAAAGCUGGGAAGAAAGGGCAGAGAGAAGGUUUGAAAAGCCAGGUCGAAAAGACCCAGUUGAAGUGGCCCCAGGACAUUUUCCGAUGAAUCACAUCCGGGGCAACUAUGAGGAUGUUGUAACGGCCCUUCCGAGGAAGCAGGAUUUCACGAGAUCAGAGAGCGAGAACUGGCGUUCUUCUCAGGCUGGUGAGGCUGGUGAGGCUGAAGGGCCUCGGUCAGCAGGGUGGCGGGAACACCCAGACCAGCGCCGUCGUUUCCCAUUUGAUGCAAGAGAAGACGAGCGCGGCUUCCGGAGGCCGCGGUCAGGAAGCGGCAGCUUGGAGGACGAGAGGGACAGCCUGCCGGAGUGGUGUCUGGAGGACGCCGACGAGGAGGCGGGCACCUUCGACUCAUCGGGGGCCUUUCUCUCACUCAAGAAAACCUCCAAGGAGCCAAUCCUGGAGGAGGGAGAGCUGGACUUCAAACCCUUGGAAGAGUGUGAAGAGGGCCUGGAGGAAGACAACAGUCAGCCCAUGGAGACCAAUGAAAUGGCUUCGGAGGCCGAACGAAAAGAACCCCAGGUUCCUGUCCCGUCUCUGUCCCUGUGCCAGCCCAACAGAACAGAAGAGUCUGAGAGGCCAGCUAAACGGCAGCCCCCCCUGGAGCUCCCACCAGAGCCCUGCAAAGCCCCCCUGCACGCCUCCAUGUCCAACAGCAUGCUUGAGUCCCGAUCCAUGAACCACAUUACAACAACCCAUGCAGAAGUAUCUGCACCAUCGCCCAGCGUCCAGCUACCGCAGAAGCCAAUGGAGGGUCCUAUGGCAAUGAACAAUCCUUUGCCCUUCCCUUCAAUUAUAAUGGCACCUAUUGGGAGACCCAUUGCUGUGCCACAUGACACAGAUGAAGACGGACUGAAACACUUUGAACAGGAGGCAGAAAAGAUGGUCGCAUACCUCCAGGAUAGUGUGGUGGAUGAUCACAGACUGACAGCAAAGACUUCAGAGAAGCCCAAACCUGCAGGCCUGCCACUCAACCACGAGGCUGCGCUCAAGUGGUUCUACAAAGACCCCCAAGGGGAGAUCCAGGGCCCAUUCAGAAACCAGGAGAUGACAGAGUGGUUCCAGGCUGGUUACUUCACAAUGUCUCUCUUGGUCAAAAGAGGAAGUGACGAAGUAUUUCAAGCACUCGGUGAGCUCAUGAAGAUCUGGGGGAGAGUACCCUUCACUCCAGGCCCCGCACCGCCGCCUCUACAGCAGGUGGAUGGUGAUCAAGAGAUGUUGAAGAGGCAGCAAGAGCCCACGGCUCUCAAUCUUUACCAGUUACAGCAGCUCCAGUAUCAGUACCACCUCAGGCAGCAGUAUGCUCAGGCCCUGGCCCAGCAGAAAGCUGCCGCUCUGAACUCGGCUCCUCUUCAACAGCAGCAGCAACAACAACAGCAGAUCAACUUGCUCCUGCAGCAAUACCAGGCUCUCAAGCUAAGAGCAUCUGAGAGCCUCCUCCCUCCUGUUACCCGGUCCCUGUCUGUAUCAGACUCUGGUUCUGUGUGGGAAAUGCAGAACUCGUCCUCUCAGGCUUCUUGCACACCAAACGUCCAAAAGGCUGCUCCAAACACGUGGGAUGGCAGCAGCGUGUGGGACUUACCUAUAGACUCCGUCGCACAGGCUCCAACCAUCGAGCAGAUGCAACAGCUCGAGAAGUCAAAGUCUGCGAAGUUGGAGUUGGAGAGGCGUGAGGCAGAAAUGAGAGCCAAAAGGGAUGAAGAGGAGAAGAAACGCCUUGAGGAGUCCCUAAGGGCUCGACAAGAGGAGGAACGCAAACGCCUGGAAGAAGAGGAGCUGGUGCGGCAAAAACAGGAGGAGGCAUUGAGACGGCACCAAGAGCAAGAAGAGGCGCUACGCAGACAAAAAGAGGAGGAGGAGAGAAUGGCACAAGAGGAGGCUCUCCGUCAAUUAGAGGAGAGGCGGCGGGAGGAGGAGAGAAGCCAACGGGAAGAGUUCCUUCGCAAACAAGAAGAGGAGCGCAGGAAGCAGGAGGAACUUGAAGCUUUGAGGAGGCGUGAAGAGGAAAAGCGAGCGGAGGAAGAGGCGGCAGCUGCCGCGGCAGCCGCUGCUGCAGCUCAACAGCAGCAACUGGAGGAGCAGAAGAGGAGAGAGCAGGAGGCCCAAAGACAGCAGGAUCUCCAGAGACAGAGGCAGCAGCAAAUGGAGGCCCUCAGGAGACUUCAGCAACAGCAGCUUGCAAACAUGAAGCUACCAUCCUCUUCAAAGUGGGGCCAGCAGUCGGCCAACGCUGUAAAACAGACCCCGAGCGCCCUGUCGAUGGCUGAGAUCCAGAAACUGGAAGAGGAGAGGGAGCGCGAGACGCGGGAAGAGCAGCGACGUCAGCAACAAGAGCUCCAGAAGCUGCAGCAGCAGACCUCGCAACUGUCCCAGCAGCCCCAGUCCAAGCUGUCGGGUUGGGGAAGUUUGGCCAAACAGCCAGCGGCCACCAAAUCCCUGCUGGAGAUUCAACGGGAAGAAGCUCAGCAGAUGAAACAACGGAAGGAGCAGCAGCAGCAGCAGCAACAACAACAACAACUGCAGCAGCAACAACAACUGCAGCAGCAACAACAACUGCAGCAGCAACUGCAACAGCAGCAACAACAACAGCAGCCCCCGCCACCACAGCAACCACACAUCGUCCAACAGAGCCACACUCAAAACAGAACUACGUCGUCUCUGAGCAACUCGGUGUGGGGGUCGGUGAACACCAGCAUCUGCACUAACUGGGGCUCGGACUCCAGCAGCAUCUGGGGGGACACCCACAACGCCAACCUGGGCUUCUGGGACGAGGCUGUGAAGGAAGCCGUUCAGCCGCCGCCUCAAACGAAGAAAGGCGGCACGCAGAAGAACAACAAAGGAAACGCCAACCUCGGUAAGUCUGUGAGCGGGCGCGUCAAUAAGAAAGUGGAAGAGGAGGAGAAGCUGCUGAAGUUGUUCCAAGGGGUCAACAGGAGCCAGCACGACACCUUCAUGCAAUGGUGCGAGCAAACCCUGCACACCCUCAACACGGCCAACAACCUGGACGUUCCGACGUUUGCAUCCUUCCUGAAAGAAGUGGACUCUCCCUACGAGGUGCACGACUAUGUCCGGGCCUAUCUGGGGGACACUCCCGAGGCCAAGGACUUUGCCAAGCAGUUCCUGGAACGUCGUGCCAAACAGAACGCCAACCAACCCAAACCGGCGCCGCAGAACCAACAGCAACCCCCCCAGCAGCAGCAGCAGCAGGAUUCUGUAUGGGGUGAAACGGGCUCUUCGUAUCAGUCCAACCACACGAGUGGCCAGCACCAGCGCUUUGAGACGGUCACCUCUGGGAAGAAGAAAAAGAAGCAGAAGAUGGUCCGCGCCGACCCGAGCCUUCUAGGUUUCUCUGUGAACGCGGCGUCUGAGAGACUGAAUAUGGGAGAGAUUGAAACCGUGGAGGACUCGUAGGGACUGCGGCCGAGCAACGCCACUGACUGUGUCCCGUUUGAGCAGCCGCUGUUUUACCCAAACCCCUCCCCCACCACUGCUUCCAGAACUUUCACCUUUAUCAGACGCACUCUGGUCCUCUCAAAAUAUUCCAAAUUAUGAACCACCGGUGAUCUCUGAGGCGGGGUGCGUUUUCCUUUUGCUGCCGGACCGAUGUUCUGAUGACGACCCUCGGGAGAAACGGACCGGAGCAAACCGGCCAGUGGAGCAUCCGACCAGCCGAGAGAGCCGUCGCCAAAUAAACCCGAGUGUCCGAAGCGUUUUGCAGAGCCGUCGAGGUCCGCUGGGCGUCAGCCGCUGGGACCCGACUCGCGUGCUGGAAUUCAGUGACAACAAAUCAUUCUAAUUUGGCCACUAUUAUAUGGUAUUUUUUAAAAUUGUGGAUAUACAGGUGGGGUGGUUGGGGUAUUAUGGUGAACAGGUUGGAGAGAGAGAGAGAGAUUAUAUCCAUUGUUUUUGUUUUAUUUAUUGAAAGUUUCCCCUCGACGCUAUAUUCACACUACGAGCAACAAACCCUGUUGGAUUGCGGUCGAGACUCAAGUGUCGCUCAGAUGCCCGUUGACGUCGUUAUUAAACUCGCCAACGGCAUUUAUUUUUGUUGUUGAUGGUGGAACAAAACCAUAUGAUUGAUUGUUGAGACCAGUGGCGCCUUGAUGUGUCGGGCAUCAGUUUGUGGCGCCAUCUCACCGGCGUCCAUUGAAAAUAAUGUUGCCUCGUAGUCUGAAUACAGCCCCCC